CGAUAUGGGGGUUUUGAUUUAGGGUUAAUAAUCGCCAUGCGGGUUCAAUUUAGGGUUCGUUUCUUGAGGAUUUGAAAUCGAUUUGGGGGUUUCUACUUAGGGUUCCAAAUCGAGUUUGGGGUCACGGUUUACCGUUUAUUUUGUUAUAAUCUUUGCUUUUUCUGGUACAGAUGGAUCCCGCAGAAGAGAGAAGAGAGACAAAGAGGCAGUCGGAGUUGAUCAACAUGCAAGGAUACGUGGCAGAUUCAGAAUACGGGAUUCCGACGAGGUGUCCCUGCGGAGGGAGAAUCAUUGACGAAGUUCGGGGGAAGGACGACUACGACACUCUUCCUGGGAAGCGGUUCUUCACCUGCAAAAACUACACGGCUGAUGGGUUUCAUUACCGUCAGCCUUGGGUGAUUGGUGUCCAGGAGCAUAUCGAACGUCUCACAAAGCGUCUUGAGGAGGUUGAGUUGGUGAUCAACGGACUCCCGGAGGUCAAUUAUCAGAUUGAGAGGCUGGAGGCAGAGGUUAAAGCCCUCAAUCGGGAGGUUGAUAACCUCACUGGGCAGGUUUAUAACCUCUCAGUGCAGGUCGCGCACUUGGAGAAGCUAUGCUUCGACUGA